UUUACUUUUUACCAAAAGGGAGAAUGUCCUUUCACUCAUAACUAAAGAAACACCUGACCCUUUUAGAAAAUGAUUAUAAAAGAGAGUUGGAUUUUUAGUUGGAUAUGCACAAGGAAAAGCAAAAAUAUAGCAGCUAUUACACAGAAAAAAAAAUAGGAAAUGGCAGGACCUGCUGGUUCUUCGUGCGGGGCAUGCAAGUUCUUGAGAAGAAGGUGCUCCAACGAAUGCAUUUUCGCGCCUUACUUCUGUUAUGAGCAGGCAACUAACCAUUUUGCAGCAGUUCACAAGGUGUUCGGAGCAAGCAACGUCUCCAAGCUGCUUCUGCACCUCCCGCUGCACUGCCGGAGUGAAGCUGCUGUAACCAUGUCAUAUGAAGCCUUGGCUAGGAUGCAGGAUCCAAUUUAUGGCUGUGUCGGUCAUAUUUUUGCACUCGAGCAGCAGGUAGCCAGCCUCGUAGAGGAGAUUGAAAUCACCGCAAACCAAAUGGCCUUCUAUGCGGGUGAGGUGCCCAUGGAGAACACAAUAAAUACGUUACAAUUCUCCUUGGAAUGUAAUAACAUGAACGUGGGAAAUAACCAUGUGAAUCAUAGUAUCACAUCCCUAGCACAUGUUAAUGAUACAUCAGCAAAUGAAGCUUUCAUUACCCAGAUGAAUGCAGAACUUCCAGAGAUAAAUGGAUUUGACAACUUAUUUUCCAGUACCUUCUUUGAUUUCGAUAUCUCAGAUAGAGUUUUUGAUGGACUAGACCUGAUCUGCACUACCAAUCCGUAGUGACUGGCAAAAAAAUUUAAGCGAAUAAAGUCAAGUUUUUCUUCGCCGGGAGAGUAGAGAAACAGGAAGUUCAGGGAUUUUGUUUUGACAACAAAAUGAGAAUCCUGCACUCAGGCCUUGUUAUGUUUUAUGUUGUAUAUAUAAUGAUGUUCUUGUAAGUUACUUUCUUCAUUAUGUG